AUUCACCUGCUGGGUGACGCGGGGGGCGGAGGAGGUGCCCGCCGGGAGCCGUGGGGACGGAGCCGCCGGUGCUGGGUGUCCGCCGUUCGCGCCGCGCCAUGGAGGCGCCGCGGACGCUGGGGGUGGUGGUGGCGACGACGUCCUUCGUGCUGCUCUGGUCCGCAGGUCUAACAGGAAGCCUAGUCAUAACUCCAGUUGAGCCAUCAAUGUUUGAAAAAGCACAAGGAGAGAAAGUUACAUUGCCAUGUACUUUUGUACUCUCAGAAGAAGAUGAAGGCCCACUGGAUAUUGAAUGGGUGUUGAUACCAGCAGAUAAUCAAAAGAAGGAACAAAUAAUAAUUAUGUAUGCUGUAGACAGGAUUUAUAAUCAUUAUUAUGCUGCUAUGACUGGGAGGAUGCAGUUUACUAAUCCUGAUCCCAAAUCUGGUGAUGGAUCAUUGGAUAUCCUGAAUUUAAAGUCAGCAGACACGGGCACUUACCAGUGCAAAGUGAAGAAAGCUCCUGGAGUUCAAAGCCAAAAAUUGCAGUUGACUGUACAUGUAAAGCCUGCAAGAACUAAAUGUUCCAUUGAAGGACCGCAGGAGAUUGGAAAAGAUGUUAUGUUGAAGUGUGCAUCACAAGAAGGAUCCCCACUUUUGUCUUAUGACUGGAGAAGAGUAUCUGGCACACAAGAACUUCCUGCCACCUCUGUGCUGAAUAAAAAUACAGGGGAACUUCUCUUGAAAAAUGCCUCUCAAGACUACUCUGGUACAUACAGUUGUCUUGCCUCAAACAGAGUUGGCACGGAUGAAUGUUCUGUUCAGCUGAAUGUCACCCCUCCUACAAAUACAGCUGGUAUAAUUGCUGGAGCUAUUGUAGGAACUGUGGUGGGUCUGGUUGUACUGGCUCUUCUCGUCUUCUGUUGCUGUAAGAAACACAGAGAUAAGAAAUACGAGAAAGAAGUACAUCAUGAUAUCAGAGAAGAUGUUCCACCUCCAAAAAGUCGCAGUUCAACAGCCCGCAGCUACAUAGGCAGCAAUCGUUCUUCUCUGGGUUCAAUGUCUCCCUCAAACAUGGAAGGAUACACCAAAACUCCAUAUAGCCAAGUCCCAAGUGAAGACUUUGAACGUACUCCUGCUCAAAACCCAACCUUUGCACCUUCAAAGGUAGCUGCACCUAAUUUAAGUAGAAUGGGAGCUGUUCCUGUGAUGAUUCCAGCACAAAGCAAAGAUGGGUCCAUAGUAUAAAAUACUAUUAAUUUAAAGGCUGUUAUAAAUGUUCAUUGUAAGUAUUAGAGAAAACUACUGCAUUCCAUCCCUCAUUUAAACAAUGGCAUGCGAUUUUCCUUGAAGAAAAUGAACAAGUUAGUUUGAAAAGCCACCAAUGCUCAUUUUAAAUUUUAAACUUACUAGUACAUGACAGUUGAACUAUUUGCUAAAAGCAUUGAAGUUCCUAAAAAAAAAUCAGACACUGAAGGUAUUUGGACCUCUGGUAGGUUGCUGAAGAGACACUGUCAGCUAAUGUGCAGUUCUGAAUAUGUAACAGCAAGACACAAGUGAGAAGUUACAAAAGUAUUUCACAUGUAGACUAUGAAGUUUUUCAGAGUUCCUGAAACUUUAUCCUCAAUUUUGGUGUAACAGAAAUAAUUUAACUUGGUCAAUGCCUGUUGAAGUUACAGGGGGCUGAAAUACUGAGGAUGACUUAGAAUUCUGUUCAAAUUCUGAGUACUUUAUGCUGGUCUCUAACCUGGUGAUGUUGGGAGCACUUCCUGAGCUCCUAUUUUAGAGCUACUAGUUAUUUCGUUGGUUCACUUGAUUUGAUCUAUUCUGAAUUUUAAAUUUCCGUGAGCGGAAAUGGACAAGAGACCUUGCAAGGUUUUUGAAACAUGAAUUUUCUGUAGUAACUUGUUUUAGUCAUGUCAGCUGACUCAAUACUUAGGUUAUGUGAUGCAAUUGGUCCUAUUUCCAGGCUGGUUGGAGCUUUGGGCAACCUGAUUUAGUGGCAGGUGUCCCUGCCCAUGGCAGGGGGGGGGGUUGGAAUGAGGUGAUCUUUAAGGUCCCUUCAAACCCUGAAAAUUCUAUCAACCCUUCUGUAAUUCUAUCAGGCUGUUGUUAGUGGUAUCUGAGCUUUAAAAUCAAUAGAUGACUGCUACUGUCACAGUUACAAUGAAUAUGUAUAUACAAGUCUUAAGUUAAUAGUAUCUUGCAUUUUCCAAAGUAUAUUUAGAUUUUAAUUGUUCCUCUUUUUUCCAAACUGAUUACCGGAAAGCUACAUGGGAUUUUGUUGAAAGCUAUUAAGUAACUGGUAUUUGAUAUCUGUCAUCUUGCUCUAACAUCACUUUGGAAACAUCUUUUCUCAUAAUACAUAUCAGCAGUAGUUAGUCUUUAAUUAUGUUGCUAAUACCCUUCUGUAUGAAUUUGCAAGGACUUGAGAGUUUACUUCUCCUAUCCUUUUUCAACAACCCUAAAUAUUCUUAUUGCCAGACAUCUAGGAUUGUAAGAGCAAGAGUUUCAUGCACCCAGAAUCUGAUAGGAAGUAGUUAGCAGAAAUAUUAAUAUACAUCUCAUGUUUCAAGAUUAAAUCCCUUUCUUUUCAGUUUUGCAAACUUAAAGCAUUGGAGAAGGAACAGAAAAUCCCUUAUCUUACUUUCACAUACUUAGGGACUUUUGGUAGCUUCUGAUAAAUGAUCUCGUAUACCUGUGGAAGCUCGAUUUAAAGCUUAUCACAGUUUGAAUCGUUCUGGCUUUUUUUUUUUUUUUUCCCUUCCUACUUUCUAUUUUAUUCCUCAUCUUGUACUGCGGGGCAGAAGGCAGAGUCCCUUCAUUUUUUUUUUUUUUAGCUGUUUAGAUGUUAAACUGCAAGAUAUUUGGGAAAACUAUAAAGGCGUAUUAGUGUGUGGCACUGAUGUUGAUGAAGGAAAUUAUCUGAAUAGCCUGUUGAAAGAUGUUAGGAUUAUAUGUAUCUAGCAACAAUACGAGAGAAAACAUUUCCCCAAACUUCUAGGUUUAGUGUCUGCUUUUUUGUAGCUGCUUAUAGAUCUGUGAUAAAUUCUUUGGCUUACUACUAAAUGUUUUUCCUACCUGUAGUUAGGUGCACAAUUUUUGACUAGCACUACUAAUGUAAGAACAUACCCUUCAUACUGAAUUUAGAAACUUAAAUGGCUACUAAGUAUUCUAGACUUAGUUUUACACAUUUGGGACUUUUUUAGAUUGUAAACUGAUACUGCUAGAGAUCAGGUUUUUAAUCUUCAUGUGUGCCUUUUCAAUAAACUUUGCCUGAUUGUAACUUCGGUUUUUAUGAAAUUUCUGGUGCCUAAAAUUGCUAUUUGAACAGGUGCUUAGAUGAUGGUACAGUUCUUAAAACAUGACACUGUGAUCUGUUCUUGAUUCUUAUGUACUAUUUAUACCUCUUGCUGUCUACUUUUGGAUGUAACUUCAGUGUCUCUCUGUAUUGUUCUGUGUUUCAAAAUGUCAGUUACUCCUUUACUUGCUAGUUAUGAUCUAAGCAUUUAUAUUCCUGAAAACUAUUCAGUUGUUGUACCAAUGAGAUGGAGGACUGAUUUUUACUUGUGUGGUAAUAAUAGGUUUAGUAACUGUGCCAAACACACGCUUAUGAAGAACAAUAGAUGAGGAGACAUCUUGCAUCCAAUUAUUGUGAUAGAAGAGACUUCCAAGAUUUUAAUCAUACACUGAUUGUUUACCUUGAAACUAAGGCCUUCCUUAAUUAAAAGGGUAUAUAGGUAUUAUAAAUACAAGUUGAGUACAAAACUAAACUGAAUCACAGACUGAGAGAUAGCUAUAAAUCUAAGCAACCAGGCAACAAACCUAUUGAAUUUGGUUGUUAGACAUCUGUGGACAUAUGUAAGAUUAGAUGUGAGUUUUAAAUUUAUUUUUUUUCCUUUUUAAAAUUUUUUUAAUUGUGUUUUUUCGGUUUGGCCUGAGACCUUGUGCUUUCAGUCAGGUAAGCCCUAGGAUACUCAAGAACAGAAACUUAUCUCACCAAAGUGCACAGAGACGAGUUUACACAGGCUUAAUGCUCUGUCAGCUUUUACAAAAUAAUAAAUGGACAGAACAGAAGGACAGCAUGGUGUGCCCUCAGAGCCUAGCUGUUAGGCUUAGCAGCCUUGACAGUGUCUGUCUAUUUAUGUAAUUGUAUGAAAAAUACAAGAAAUAGAAUUUGACAUAGUCCUUACCAAAAUAAAGUACCUCUGACUUGGGAUAAACUUUGCCUCAAGUUGGUAUUGUCAUGCUGUUUUGAAUGGAUAGAACACUACUAUGAAAACUGAAUACUGCUAUUAUAAAUUAUUUUAUUAGUAAAUAGAUUGUUCACUUACACUGGAUUAUGAUUCUCAGAACCAGCUACUAUAGUCUGGCAAUGAUUUUUAGCUGUAGGAGAUGAACUGGUUAAACACAUGAGGUGUCCGAUCUUAGAGAUAACUCUGAUAACAGAAUUCUUCUAGUAAGUGAUGGCAGCUGAUACACCAGUUAGAAGGUGGCAUUUUUAAUGUCUCAUUUUAUUGAAAAGAAAAAGAGGGACUGGGGGGGGUGUGUGUGGUACCAUUGUGUAAAUACUCUUAAGUGAACUCAAGAAACCUAUAGUUAAUGUCAUGACUGUAAACUUGACUGUUGAGGACUACUAUGUAUAGAAGAAAAACCUUAAUUUUAGCAUGGUGUGAAUAAAGUGUUAGACUUGUAAUACUGUAGAGGUUAUGUAACACUUGUCCAUACAUUAAUAUCCUUUUCAUAAACUUUCUGAAAUGGAUACUUAAAGAUACUUGUGUGAAACUUCCUUAUCUCAAGUGAAUACUUCUUCCUAAACUGUGUAGUGCACAUAAAUGCCUUGUUAGAGGGGUAAAACAUGACUUUUGAAAGAAAUGUACAAUGCAUACAUCUUUAUCAGCUCUGAUAGUUGCAUUCAUGUUAGAUGUAUGCUUCCUGCUUAAUAGUACAAGUAAGACAUAAUUGCAAGUUUUUCUGUAAUGCUGAAUAUUGUAUAUUACUGGUGUUCAUGAUAAGCUUUUGGUUUUGUUCUUAUCAGUGUAUAUUCUGCAUCACUUUAGAUCUCUUUUCCAGUCUAACAGCAUAAUACUAUGUGUCACAUAAACCUUGUUUUAUACACUUAAUAGGUGCUUUAUGGGACCCUUUGGUUAUUGGUCCUGUAGCAUUGAGGCACAGUUCAAUUUAAAUUAGAGCAAUAAUACUUCCUGGAAUCCAAAAUGUUAUGAUGUUACAUUACAAUUCUCAUGCACAAAGCAUGGACUUGAAUAUUGAUACAAAUUUCAGUAUGAGGUUUUAUAUUCACACUUUUGGGGAAAUGGUAUUUUAAAAUGCAAGUAUUGUGAGUGAAUUUGUAAAAACUAAAUCGAGAAAUUUUAAAAUGCUGUAGUUCCAUGACAGACUUGUGUACUUUUUGAAAUAAAACUGUUGGAGAAAACAGUAGUCUGUCUUUAUUUUAAAGCAGCACUUGUGUAUGGCUUCAGCUUUCUCUUUAUGUAACUGGAAGUGAACUAAUAAAUAAGGCUGUGUGUA